CUAGUUUACUACUACUAAAUUUCUGCUCGAGUGUUUGAAGCUAUACUCUUCUCAGGCACAGGCGCAAAAAUUCGUAGCUAUCGACGAAUUCAUUACCUCCGGAAUAGAAGAGUAUUACGCCGUGAGGAACUGCCGGAAUCAACUAUGAAGCUCCGGUAUGCGAUGGUUUGCUCGUCGAACCAGAACCGGAGCAUGGAGGCUCAUUGCCUGCUGAAAAGAGAGGGAUUUGAUGUGGCUUCGUACGGCACCGGGCAACACGUGAAGCUUCCAGGUCCUUCUAUUAGGGAACCCAAUGUCUACGACUUCGGCACUCCCUAUAAACACAUGUUCGAUGACCUCCGCCGCAAAGACCCCGAACUGUACAAGAGAAAUGGAAUAUUGCCUAUGCUAAAAAGGAACUUGGGUGUAAAGACUGCACCUCAACGUUGGCAGGAAAAUGCUGCUGAUGGUUGCUUUGAUGUGGUACUUACAUUCGAAGAAAAAGUUUUUGAUUUGGUGCUUGAAGAUCUUCAUAACCGAAAUCAAGUUCUCUUGAAGCCGGUUCUUAUAAUCAAUUUAGAAGUAAAAGAUAACCAUGAGGAAGCAGCAGUUGGAGGUCGCCUUGCUUUGCUUUUGUGCCAGGAACUUGAUGCGACUGAAAAUUGGGAGGAUACAAUUGAUGAUAUCAUCAAUAAUUUUGAGAAACAGCACCGAAGGAAGCUCCUGUACAGCGUCUCCUUCUACUGAAAACGGUGGUCUUAGAAUAUUAAUGGGACCAUUAUUUGUUUGGUGUCCAAUCUGGACUGCUGUUAUGCGUGAGACAUAUUGCCUUUCUUCCUGUUAUGAGCAUAACUGGGUAAGUGAAGAAAAGAUUACUUCAAAAGCCUUUGCUGGCUUUGAUUAUGUGUAAUGUUCCCGCUUUGCCCUUCUCGUAAAGCAUAACAAUGUAAUGUAACUUAAUAUUCUUUUGCCCGUAAUUCUGUUUAAAUUUACUGGAUUAGAGAUCAAAUUAACAAGACAAUCACUUUCCAACUCC